AUGCUUAAAUUAAGAGUAAAAUAAAUUGAUUUUGUUCAAACUAUUCACAAAUAUUGGUAAUAGAUAGGAAAGGUUGAAUAAUAAAUGGAGUGGUAAUUAAAGAUAAAGUAGAUUAAUUUGGAAUAAGAUUAUGCUUUAUUAAUGAUAAUUAUUUUAAAUUCUCAGCUUUUUGUCAAGAAUAAAUCAAAUAUCAUAUAUAUGAAUUUGACAAGAAUUCGAAAUUCUAUAGGAAGAUGA